AAAUAACCAAAAAUUGAUUCACAAAAUACUAGCCAUAAAACAACAAUGUUAUCGACGAUAAUAAUCGGCGCUAUUAUUGUCAUUAUUGUUAAACUAAUAUUUUCAUCAAAAUCUAACAAUGAUAAUGAAGAUACAGAUGAUGGUAAUGAUGUCAACCAUCAUCAUCACCAGCGGCUGGUCAUCGAUGAUGGACACCAACAACAACCAGAGGACGGGUUGAUCACAACUACUACUACUAAUACUACUAAAACUAUUGGCAAUGAAGUAGAAGAAGUCGAAGAAGACGAGGAAGAAGUGGUGGAGAAACUAUAUGCUGAAGAUUUGGUUGUCGUCGCCAACAAUACUACAGAUUUAUUAUAUCACAGAGAAAUGUCUCAUGAGUUUAAUGAAGACAAAGAUCAGAUGAAUGAAGAAAACAAGACAUCAGACAUCAAUAGUACAGUUGUUGGCUAUAAUGUCAGUCGUCAUCGCCAGUCACUGACUACUGGAAAAACUAUGGAUACAGUCAGUGAAGAAGUAGCCAAAACAACGACAUCGACAGGUGUACUACCAUUGCAAGUGAUUGUCGACCAGAUCACCAAACAGGUCAUCGACGAUGUCUAUAAAGAGCUUACUACUACUACUACUACUACAGCUGCUGAAGAAGCUAUAGAGUCGUCGUCGACGACACUGAUUGCCGGCACUGAAGUCAAUGAGUCGAUGAUUGAACAGAAAACUAAUGAUGAAGUAGAAGAAGAUGAAGACCUUAUGAUGUUUGUUGUUGUCGACGACGACCAGGAGAUGAUAGAAGAAGUGAUACAAACAAAGAAAACAAUAGAAGAUCACGAAAUACAAGAAGUCAUUGCCGGAAGUGAAUCGUCGUCGACGACGAAGAAACUGAAGACAACAGAAGAAGACGCUACUGAAGAAGUAGAACCAAUGAUUACAAUGCAAACGACAACUGAAGACAAGCUGAAGAGGAUUGUUGUUAAUGAAGACAACAAAAAAGUUAUAAAACUAGACGACGAAGAAGUAGUAGUAAAAGAUGUGAAAAUCAUCGGCAGUAUCGGUGAACAGCAGCCGUCGGCUAUUACACGUCAGUCGACUACUACUACUACUUAUGUCACUGAAAUGGCUGUCGAGGACGACAACAACAAUAAGGACAUUAACGACGAUGUCUUAAACUAUUUGGACACAACAUCAGCCAAUGAUGGACAAUGUUUGACACAUUUUAAUAAAUCGCGUCCAAAAAAAUCAAAGUCACGCAAAUCGGUUAAAUCGGUUUUUACGGCCGGCACUGGUUGUGGACAACCAGAUGAUACUACCGAUGCUGCUGUCGCUAGCGGUAGCUGUAGUGGUGGUAGUAGUAGUAGUGGCCAAACAUAUAGCAAAAUAGAUGAACAACUAGUCGAACAGUUACUUGAUUUUACCGACACUGCCGACGGUAAUCGUCUGUCAUGUAUCGGCAGCUCUUAUAGUAGUCAAUCGGCAGUCAAAGUCAAAGAGUCAUCGUUAUCGUCAUCAACGACAACAAAGACAUCAUCGACAGCAACAGCAACGAUGAAAAUGGACGACUCGUUUGAGGAGAUAUCUAGCGGUGAAUACAAACGUUUUGACGAAUUUUCCGAUUAUUUCCGAUCGGAGACCGAAAAGUCUAGCCAUCGGACAGUAGAGACCAAAGUCAAGACCAUUGACCUGACCGUAGCGACGGAUGGUGGACAACAAAUGAUGGACGAGUUGUUGGCCAAGUUUAGCGGCGAUGCCAUUAGUAGUAGUAGUAGUAGUAGUAAUGAAACCACUACUAGUCAGGAGGUCCGGGAGGUCGUCAUCCGUGAAGAGAAAACUAUCAGCAAAACUAGUGAGACAUCAUUGGAAGCACUGGAAGAACAAGUCCUACGACAGCGAAAAGUAAUGGACACUAAACUAGUGGACAAAGAAGUAGAAGUAGAAGAAGAAGUGGUUUCCCUAAGAAGUUCACAACACGAGAGUACUAACAGCCGUACGACCAGCCGAUUGCUGUCGUCAGAGCUGAGGACACUAAGCUCAUCAUCGUUGUCGAUGUCGACCUCCGAUGACCUGCACAACAGUGGUCUACGAUCGCCGAAAUCGCCGUUCAGUGAGAUCAUCGACUAUGUAACGCAACCGUUACCGCUGUCGCCGACACUGAAACGCAAGUCGCGACCACAACCGCCAACCGAAUCGCCGAUUAACACCCCAAACACCAAUACGGCUGCUAAACAGUGGACAACAAUCACUAGUAGCAGCGCCGAUGACCAUCAAUUGGCGACCACCACCACAACCACCACAACCAACUCUACUACUGUUAUUACCGCCGAUGAUGAUGAUGAUGAUUAUGACCAGACAUCGACAACAAUGACCACCAAACGGGUCGGUGUAUCGAUGUUUGGUAGCCAACAGAAUCAGUUGUUGAAUGAGUUGCGGACCAAACGGUUUCGCGAGUCGUUAAGGCCAUCACCGCCGCCGCCACCGUUGCCGUCAACAUUGCCGCCACAGCACAGGCAGGACGACGACUCUAUUACCGCAGCGGCCAAUCACCAGUCGUCCUGAUUCGGUAUACAAGUGGUCGGCCUAUCAUUUAUACCGAAUCGG